AUGGGCACGCUGAAGAAGGAGUUGAAUAGGCCUAAGAAGCGGACUCUGGUGCGUUGGGACUCUGACUUAGACGAGCUACUCCUCCUGACAAUACAGUCUGUCUGUAACACAAAAAAUGUGAAGAUUCCCUGGGCAGAUGUUGCGUCCACGAUGGGCCACAACGUCACAGAAGGAGCAAUAGUCCAGCACUUAUCUAAACUCCGCAGUCGCCGGGUUGAUGCUGGUAGACCCGUCCCUCCGGCACUUCGACGGGGCGGCAUGGGGGCUCCGAACAAAUCCUCGAACGCGUCUGCAACAUACUCUAAAGGAGGAGCUCGGCGCAGUAUACGCAACGCACGGGAAUCCGACAGCGCGGCAGAUCCAUCCGAUCUUGCACAAGAUACUGAUAUUUCGUCUGACGAAGAGUACGUGGUUAGACGCCACUCGAAGGCUGAGAGAGACGCUGCACACAGCAAAAGGUCGAGAGUCCAAAGCAAAAAAGACCACCAAGUUCAGGCCCAGUCCGCAAGUGACCAGGACGCUGAUGGCAGUCCGAUCGGCUCUGAAGACUUAGUGGUAUCUGGUGCCCAGUUUCUUGAGUAUCCUAAUCACAGGGUGUCUCGAAAUCGUUCUCCCUCUCGUCUGCGAAAGCGGAGCAAGGUGAUUGUUCUGAGAUACAGGCGUGGAGCGCAGCCUGAAAGCGAAAAGCCUGUCAAAGUCGAGAGUCCAGAACACACUACAGUCAGCGCUUUCGAUCCUCACAAUCAGAGUCUACUUGACCAGCAAUUGUAUCAGGAUCUUCAUGGCACAGACAAAUCAAAUGCGAUGGGUGCGGCAGAUACUCACAGCGUGGGUGGGAAUUAUUUGUCUGCAGGUCACUCAAACAUGGGCAUAUCGUCCAUCCCAAAUCCAAACUCCAAUAUUCUGGAUUUUGCGUCUAGCCAGGGUCUGCAUAUGAAUCCUUAUCAGAACUUUUAUCCCAGUUCACAGAACGAGCAGCUCAGCUUUGUUCCGAACACCUUAAAUGAUCUGAAUCCCCAUCAGAGUGAGCAAAUGGGCAUUGCUCCAGGGGAGCAAAGCAUGUAUUUUGACGACCUUUUCCAGUACAUACAUGCCAAUGAUGAGCAUAAAGACAAUAAUGGGGCCAACUUUGCAGGUCCGGGGGCGAUGGACCCCUUUUUCUGA